UGGGCUUAGAAGCCGGAAGUGGGUUGACGUAGCCCGGAAGGGGAAUACUUCCCAGUUACAGUGUUGAUGUUUUCAGGCUGCUGCUGCUCUUGCGGCUAGGGGAACUGUCGUGGGGAAGGAUGGUGUGCGAAAAAUGUGAAAAGAAACUUGGUACUGUUAUCACUCCAGAUACAUGGAAAGAUGGUGCUAGGAAUACCACAGAAAGUGGUGGGAGAAAGCUGAAUGAAAAUAAAGCUUUGACUUCAAAAAAAGCAAGAUUUGAUCCAUAUGGAAAGAAUAAGUUCUCCACUUGCAGAAUUUGUAAAAGUUCUGUGCACCAACCAGGUUCUCAUUACUGCCAGGGCUGUGCCUACAAAAAAGGCAUCUGUGCGAUGUGUGGAAAAAAGGUUUUGGAUACCAAAAACUACAAGCAAACAUCUGUCUAGAUGUAUUGAUGGAAUUUCUGACUUUCUAAAUGAUUUUACUUUCUGCCUUGAAUUUUCAAGGCAUAGAUGUCAACUUACAGAAUAACGUGUUUUAAGACAAUUACGUUUAAACCAGAGAAUUUGAUUGUUAUUCAUUUUGCUCUCAUGCUCUAAACAGCAACAGUGUAACUAGUCUUUUGCCGUAAAUGGUUUUUUCCUUAUGAGCAUUUUAUUGAACUAAGUGGCAAAUUCCAUGAAAAAUUUCUCAGUUCUGUAUGCACUUUUAACAUUAUUCAUGUAAUUCUCCCCCCCCCCCACACACUUUAUUUAUAGAUACUGCAAAAGUGAGAAGGAGGUAAUAGAUAUUUUGCUCUGAAUUUGGCAUCCAGAGUUAACAGUUCUCCCCUAACUCCCUUACUCAUGUCAUAGUUAUUAGGAUCAGCAGCCUCUUAACUAAUUGCAGUUUCUUAGGAUGUAUAAAUGUUUCAAGCCAUUAUUGCUGAAUGGUUCUUUAGUUAUUAACCUAGACCCAAAUCAAAGACCAGUUUUUAUUUGUUCUUGCCGCCAAAGUGCCAGUUCCUUUAAUAUGUGACCAGGAACACAAGGAAUAUCCAUAUGUCCAAAUAAACACACUGAAUUUUAGAAAAACUUACUACUUUGAAUUCAAAUUGUCAUGAAAACCAGAACAGUGUUUGUCCAUGUUGCAUGUAAUGAACAUAAAUCCCUGCUCUUUGAGAAAAGCUCUUUGAAGCAAAAACCAAACUUACUUUUUUUUACCUCCUGUCUCGCUCCCUAAAAGAAAGAAAUAAAGCAAACAUCUUGACUCUCCCUUUUUAAAAUUUGUCUGUUUGUUUGUUUGAUACAGGAUCUCACUCUGUUGACCAGGCUGGAGUGCAGAAGUAUCAUCAAGCUCUCUGCAGCCUCCAUCUGCUGGGCUCAAGUAAUCCUUCCACCUUACCCUCCUAAGUAGCUGGGGCCUACAGGUGUGUGCCACUGUGCUCAGCUAGUUUUUAUUUUUAGUAGAGACAAGGACUUGCUAUGUUGCCCAAGCUGUUCUCGAACUGAUCUCAAGCAAUCCUCUGGCCUCAGCCUUCCAAAGUGCUGGGAUACAGGUGUGAGCCACAGCACUCGACCUCUCGCUCUCUUUUUUUUUUUUUGAUACUACAGGUUUCAAAUGAGUACUUUUCUUAUGUUGCCUUCAGAGGUUCAGGACUUCUGCUUUUAAAAUCUGCAGGCUACCGUGGGAGACCAAAAAAGCAUUCCCCAUUUCCAACUGCAGUAUGUAUAAAUACGUAUCACUAUAAAAUGUGUAGAAUAGAUAGUGUGAUAAGAUAUAUGAAUGGCAUUUGUGUUGGUCAUAAAAUUUUGAUGAAAAGCAUUUAAAGUUCUAACUUUAUAAGGCUUUUCAAAAUGUGUUUUUCUGAGAUACUUCGUUAUUUAUUCAUAUCCACAAAAAUGACAAGGAUAAUGCAAAAUAUAAUAAAUAAUUUCUCUGAGAGCA